GAUAUUAUUUUUUUCCUCUUUUCAGUUCACCAACAAACGCACCGACCUUUGUGAAAAACCCCCAUGGAAGAAACAAAAGGGAAGUUUUCUUUCGAAUCGGCAUAGCUUGAUCGUCAACUCCAUAAAAAAAAAGGUUCGAUUUACUAUUUCAAAAUCUGGGUCUGUUUCAUUUUACUGGGUUUUUCCUGGUGAAGAUUUUUAAAUUGGGUUUAAUUGAAUUAUACCCAAAAAAGUUCAGAUUAUUUUUCUUUUUUGAUCUAUGAGCUCGUUUUCGAGUCCCAAUUAAUCGGCGAGGAAAAGGGUUUCGCUUUAUCGGAAUUGAUCAUCUGGUCAAGCUUUUGGAUAAAAAAAGUCAACGUUUCAGAUGCCUGAAGAGGAUUUGGUAGACAUUAAAUUCCGUUUGUACGAUGGUUCGGAUAUCGGACCUUUCCGGUACUCAUCGGCGUCGACGGUUGAUAUGCUCAAGCAGAGGAUUGUGGCUGAUUGGCCCAAAGGUAAAACAAUCACACCGAAGACUGCAAAUGAAGUGAAACUGAUCAGUUCUGGUAAAAUUUUGGAAAACAACAAGACUGUCGGUCAGUGUAAAUUACCCUUUGGUGAUACAGCUGCUGGGGGAGUAAUCAUAAUGCAUGUUGUUGUACAGCCAUCUCCAGCAAAAACUAAAUCAGAAAAGAAGAUUGAUGAUUCUCCCAGGAAAGUUGUUUGCUCAUGUUCUAUACUGUGAAAUAAAUUGUGAUAGAGUCAAGUCAGUAUGUAAGCUUUGUGCAACAGAAUAAGUCUUGGAGACCAUGUUUUGUGGCAACAUCCAUGUGUACAAGUGCAAGCUGGUGAUAAUUUGUCUUAAUUGAAAGAAAGUCAGUGUUCUUCGUGACUCUUACAGAUUAUAUUGUCUAUCAGUGCCAUAUUAGUUUUCACUUUCAGCAUAUUGUUUGCUUUAUUUCCUUUUCUCUUUGUUUCUUUCUUCUUGUUUGGUCUCUUCUACUUUCUAGUCUUAUAGAUAUCACUCGAGUGAUGUUAUGUCAAGCAAGCUGUAUAGACCUCAUUAUUGUAAAGAUCAACAUUCAAAUUUAAGGAGAAAUGCUAUGUUUAUGAUGAAA